CUCUUCAAACGACAAGAUCAAUGGACAGAUGUGUCUUUCUGAAAGGGUAAUAGCUUACGAGCACUCGAGGACAAUAGUCAUUUUUAAAUCCACUUUUCUGACCUAUAAGCUGAGGUGGGCCAAACGAACUCUGAUAGGUCCCUUACGUGUUGAUAAGAUGUUUUCUGCAUAAGAAACCCAGGUGAAAGGUGGUCAAAGGUCACUGUGGGUAAAGUUCAUGACAUCAAACUAAGUCAAUAUUGACAGCCCCAAGAAUGGUGAAGCCACUGGAGGGAGCCCUGUAUGCCGCUGUUGGAGGCGUCUCGUCUGCGUUAGUUGCUGCCACUAUCGUAUACCCAAACUUAUGGCGUGAUAUAAAAAUCAUACGAAGAGCCAGGGAGCCUACGAGCCGACUAAAGGAGUACCUAUCGGCAGAGCCGCCAGUCACCACGGUGGACCGCUUCCUGCACCAGGUUCAGCUCCAGCCCGACAAGCCCUUCCUCCUGUUCGAGGAUGAAGUCUACACCUACAGGGACAUGGACAUCAUGUCUAACAAGGUGGCCAACUUCUUCCGGGGGGAGGGGUACAGGUGCGGGGACACCGUCGCCAUGCUGAUCUACAACGAGCCGGCCUUCAUCUGGACCUUCCUAGGACUGGCCAAGUUGGGGGUGAAGAUGGCGUUCCUGAACACCAACCUGAGGACCAAGUCACUACUGCACUGCUUCCAGGUGGCGGAGACGAAAACACUUAUCGUGGGGAAAGGCGAGAAUCUCCUUGACGCCACCUUGGAGAUCUUGGCAGAACUGCAGGAGGAAGGUGCAACGAUCUGGCUUCUGGGAGACAAAGUGCCUCCCAAAGGCUUUCUCUCAUUGGACGACAGAGUCAAAGGAGCCUCCGACGAACCAAUUCCCUUUAAACUACGGGAAACAAUCACAGCCAACGACCCAAUAUGUUACAUCUACACAUCUGGAACCACAGGUUUGCCCAAGGCCGUCCUGUUUAGCCACAGGAAGAUGCUGAGCUUCUCAAUGGGACCUGUAUGUGCAGGGCUGAGACGAGACGAGAUUAUGUACGUCGUUCUACCGCUCUACCAUUCCAACGCUUUCGGAAUGAUGGGGGGUGUCAUUGAGCAAGGUGCCACCUUAGCACUAUCUCGGAAGUUUUCAGCCAGCCAGUUUUGGGACGACUGUCGGAAAUACAACGCAUCCAUGAUUCCAUACAUCGGAGAACUUCUGCGAUAUCUCUGUCUGCAACCUAAGCGUCCGAAUGAUCGGCAAAACAACGUUCGCCUUGCGAUCGGUAACGGUCUCCGACCAGACGUGUGGGGAGAGUUCCAGGACAGGUUCGGGGUCCCGGAAAUCGUGGAGACGUACGGCGCGUCCGAAGGAAAUGUCUUCUUCAUAAAUCUAACCAACAAGAAGGGUUCCAUCGGCGUGGCAUCACCGCUUUUAAAGAAACUAGGUGACGGACCGGUUUUCCUGUUACAAGUGGACCCUGACACAUACAAGCCGAUUAGGGACAAGAACGGGCGAUGCACCGAGGUCAACCCAGGCGAACCAGGCUUGCUUGUAGCACCCAUAGCGGACACCUCUCCUUUUGAUGGGUACAAGGCCAACAAACAGCAGACAGACAAGAAGAUCCUGCGAGACGUCUUCGAAGACGGAGACAUGUUCUUUGAUUCCGGGGACCUGCUUAAACGUGACAAGGACUACAACCUGUAUUUUGUCGACAGGCUUGGAGACACCUUCAGAUGGAAAGGCGAGAAUGUAGCCACUACAGAAGUAGCAGAGGUCUUACAUGAGAUGGAAGGAGUUCAAGAGGUUAACGUUUACGGCGUCAAAGUUCCAGGUCAGGACGGCCGAGCUGGAAUGGCCGCCAUCGUGUAUCAUCCGGGACAUCAGGUUAACCUGCCCGCCUUGUUCGCGCACCUGUCGUCCCGUCUCCCGCCCUACGCCAGACCAAUCUUCCUCCGGCUCUCAACUAACGCCGACAUCACCUCAACCUUCAAAUACAAAAAGGUCGAUCUAGUCAAGGAAGGUUUUGAUCCCACUAUUGUGUCCGAUCCUCUGUACGUAAGGGAAAAUCAGAGAAAGACAUUUGUUACCUUAGACAUAAAGGCAUAUAAAAGGAUCGUUGAAGGGAAGGCAAAACUUUGAAAAUGUUUGGACAAAUUAGUAGUUGGACACAGCACUCAAGUAGAAUAUGAUCACAUGUAAUUUACGCUGAUGUGGUUCAUCUAAUAUUUUGUCACGCUUGUAUGAUAAAUGUACACCUGAGGGCAAUAUCAUAUAAUUGAAACAUUUGUAUCCUUACAUGUAUAACACUAAAAUGAAACGUAUGUAUCUAUACGCAAACUUUCUGAUCUUCUUUGCUGUUAGAGAUGGGAGGGAUGAUUCUGAUUAUGAUACAUGUAUAAGAAUAGUUAUGCGAGUAACAUCGCGCAUUAAGUUAGCUUUUUAUUGUGGUUUUCCAAAUUUGAUGAUAGGUAAGUCAUUUCUAAACAGAUAUAACAACAGAAUACUGGCCCGUUUUAAUUGUUUUCAUGUAUCAGAAGCCACAGAUGAUAUGCACACGUUAAUUGAUAAAUGUGGAAUGUGCAAAGGCUUGAAUGCAUGGCAUGGGGCUGCCUCUGAUUAUACUGUUAAUAAGUUGUUGUUAUCAGGUUGUUUAUAUGCAAUGUAAUGUAACAUAGCAAGACUGUAUGUUGUGCAAAUAAACAUUAAGAUCAUGGA